UUCGAACUGACUCUCCUUCGCCAGGCAGGGCGGGAGGAGGGGGGUGCGAGCUUGGACACGGUGGAAAAGUCCUGGACUGGGACCCCGGAGCCCGUGAAGAGGGUGGGGGGGAACACUCACAGACAAGGCUCCAUCACCUCCUUCCUCCCCUCCCCCUCCGGGAGGGGUUAAGAAAAGAGGAGGCGAGCAAGCCAAUUCAGAAACAGAUUGCAGAGCGGCAAGCAAAGAAGAGUUGUCCACUCCCUCCCCUCUCGGCCUGGAACCCACGCUGGCCGGAGGAAGACCCGCCACGAUGAGCCAGGUACUUGGAAAGCAGCAGCAGGAGCAAGACGAGGAGGAAGAGGAGGAGGAGGAUGAACUGGUGGGGCUAGCGGAUUAUGUGGACGGGCCCGACUCCUCCGACGCGGACCCGGAAAGCGGAGCGGAGGAGGGAGUUCUGGACUUCAGCGAUCCCUUCAGUACUGAAGUGAAGCCAAGGAUUCUGCUUAUGGGACUGAGGAGAAGUGGCAAGUCAUCUAUUCAGAAAGUCGUCUUUCACAAAAUGUCACCCAAUGAAACCUUGUUCUUGGAGAGCACUAAUAAGAUAUGUCGAGAAGAUGUCUCCAACAGUUCCUUUGUUAACUUUCAGAUUUGGGAUUUUCCAGGUCAAAUUGACUUUUUUGACCCUACAUUUGACUAUGAGAUGAUCUUCAGGGGCACAGGAGCACUGAUAUUUGUUAUCGAUUCCCAGGAUGAUUAUAUGGAAGCCUUAGCCAGGCUGCACCUUACUGUAACUCGAGCCUACAAAGUACAUCCUGACAUCAACUUUGAAGUGUUUAUUCAUAAAGUGGAUGGCCUGUCUGAUGACCAUAAGAUUGAAACCCAAAGAGAUAUUCAUCAGAGGGCAAAUGAUGAUCUUGCUGAUGCUGGAUUAGAGAAAAUUCACCUCAGCUUCUAUCUGACAAGCAUAUAUGAUCAUUCUAUAUUUGAAGCUUUUAGCAAAGUGGUACAGAAACUGAUUCCACAGCUCCCAACUCUGGAGAAUUUACUAAACAUCUUUAUCUCAAAUUCUGGAAUUGAAAAGGCCUUUCUAUUUGAUGUGGUCAGUAAAAUUUAUAUUGCAACAGAUAGUACCCCUGUGGAUAUGCAGACAUAUGAACUCUGCUGUGAUAUGAUAGAUGUGGUUAUCGACAUUUCUUGUAUAUAUGGCCUCCAAGAAGAUGGAGCAGGAACCCCUUAUGACAAGGAAUCAACGGCAAUUAUAAAACUGAAUAAUACAACAGUUCUAUAUUUAAAGGAGGUGACAAAAUUUCUGGCCCUCGUUUGUUUUGUCAGAGAAGAAAGCUUUGAAAGAAAAGGGCUCAUUGACUAUAAUUUCCACUGUUUUCGCAAAGCCAUCCAUGAAGUAUUUGAGGUGAGAAUGAGAAUAGCAAAAUCUCGAAAAGCGCAGAGUCAGAUGCGGAAGAAAAAAGGAAACACUCCUAAUGGGACACCUAGAGUUCUACUCUGAGAUUUUGGUGACAACUUGAAAUCAAGGCUAUUUGAUGAGACUGCUACUUGGAGCUGUACUAGAGGAACAGGAAAAGAGAAAAUUGGACACAGGACUUGGAUUUGUUAUAUAACAAUCAGUGCAACACACUUGAUCCUUUUUAAAAAAUAAUAAUAAUAAAGUAAGCACUUUCAGCAACGAAACACCUUGUAUAUUAAACAGUAAAGUGAAAUCUGUUGUAAGAAUGUUCUUAACAUAAAAAUGUAUUUUUUGUUUCCUUUUGGUCCAUAGUAAGAAAAAUCACUUUUUAAGAACUGUCAGGUACUGUACAUAUUUUGUACUUUUUUGUGUUUUUUUCUCAUGGAACAGAACUUUGAUAAAAAUUAAUUUUCUAAGCUGUUUUCCCCACAUGGUAUCAGUUGUAAGCAUAAUAGACUUCAUUUGCACAUGGCAAUCUUAGAAUCAGCCAAUAAUGUUGCCUCGACACAAUGCUUCUUUUUUUUUUUUCUUUUUAAAAGAGUUAAUGAACAUUUGGUACCAGUUAUUCAAUUAAAUACUUCCACUCCCACCUCUAAUUUGAAGCUGGAGCAAUUUGGAGCACUGUGCUCCUGUGGCAAUAAGAAACCUUCUAUAAAUUAUUAAUUCAUCAAUAAAGAUUGGGCAGCUAGGUGGUGUAGUGGAUAGAAUGCUAGACCUAGAGUCAGCAAAACCAUCUUUCUGAGUUCAAAUCUGAUCUCAGACCCAGGGGUCCUCAAACUACGGCUAGUGGGUCUGAUGUAGCAGCUGAGGACUUUUAUCCCCCUCACCCAGGGCUGUGAAGUUUCUUUAUUUAAAGGCCCACAAAACAAAGUUUUUGUUUUUACUAUAGUCUGGCCCUCCAACAGUCUGAGGGACUGUGAACUGGCCCCCUAUAUAAAAAGUUUGAGGACCCCUGCAACACUCCCUAGUUGUGAGACCCUGGGCAAGUCAUUUAAUCCCACUUGCCUCAGCAAAAAAGAAAAAGAAAUGACUCAACUACAAAAAGAGCCAAACUUUUUUAGAAUCCCGGCAGAUGCCCCAUUUUUUUUUCAAUUUUUUUACUAUUUUACCUCUACAGUAAGCUCCACAGUAAUUUUAUACGUGGAGAAUGUUAAUUUUAUAAAUCUGUUCAUUGCUACAUUACUGUUUUUACAACACUGGAGACCAGAUGUUCAAAUUAGUGUCCACAAUUUCUGCAAAAAAGGGUGCUGCUGGAACAUUAGUAUGACUUUUUUUGCCCCUAUCAUGUGGAGUUAAAAUGACCUCAGGCAUUGAGUAUAUAUACCUGUUGGUAUUUGUAGGCUUAGAUGAAGAGGGAACAGUUUUGAAGCUUUGGGUCCCUUCGAAAAGGUUGGGUACAAGGAAAUGUAGAGCCACAGCACACUUAACAAGUUUAUUCAAGAGUCAGUUUCUCAUUUUGCCAUGUACUAUUGCUGAAUGUAUCCCUAGAGCACUCCCUAGAGUGUGGCCUUUUUUAGUCUGUUUAUCAUCUUUGCUUUUCCCUGUUAUGUAACUGUGUAACUUUUUUCUGGGAUUAAAAUGCACUGAGCUUCC